CCGAUUGCACCCUAAAUAAAGAGUCGGUCUUUUGUGGUGAGAUCAGUGAACCAUGAGCCAGUUAACUACAUUUCAUACCCAGUAGGCCUACAUCUGUACAUGACUAUUUUGUGCGGAGAGAGUAAUUCACUUGGUGGCGAUUCCUGUUCGAUGUCUACAAACAACAGUAGUCUGCAAAGAAAGUUUUAAUGUAUCUAUUCCCGUUCCGGUGGUAGCCAAACUGUUCACACGACUUCAAAUACUCCAGAAUUGACAGUCUACAUAUUGUAAACAUGAGUGGGGUGUAUAGAGAGGAGCCGAAAUGUGAAUAAUUUGCAUUUUCCAUCGAUCAUCUUUGAAUGCUUAAUGUGUCACUUUUGAACGAGAUUUUUAGCUGUUGUCAUCAGCGUAGUAGCUGGACGGGUGUUGUCUUAUUAAUAUCAUCAAUAGAACUUCUCAUCGACUGAUACCUGAUACCGGACGUGACAAAGUUAUGAACAUUAUUAUACGGCUCCAAACCAAGGUCCGAAAAAGAAACUUGUUUAAAAAUCUUCACCUCUACGAUCAUCGGAUUCAUAAUCAUAUUGACAUCGCACCUCUAGUCUGAUAACGGAUCAUUGAAUGUUAUAAACUGAACUAUAGCGCUGUUAAUACUAUGUUUAUUUGAAUGCUUAAUGUGUCACUUUUGAACGAAAUUUUUAGCUGUUGGACUGAAGGCCUUUGGACAGAAAUAUGGCGAUGCGCUUUGGAAACAAACGCCGGGCCUUCAUCUUCGCGCCAAUAGCCACUUUGCUUAUCAUUAUGACGUUCAAAGGACACUCUCCAUUUCACCGUUAUCAACCUGAACAGGAUCUACGACGCCAUGAUCAUCGAGAGACCACAGUUCACCCCUUACAAACUUGCUCGUGCUACAUGAACUACAUCAGAAAACAUAGUUUUAAUGGCAGUAGUGAAGCUGUACAAAUAAAGGUUGCUGCUCAAGAUAGGACUGUGACAGAAAAGUCAACUAUCACUAAACUCUUGCCGCCUGCUAUUUUGAAAAAUGUUGAAAAAACAACCGACACGAUAGAUAACCCUCCUAUGAAUUAUUUACAAGAACCAAUAGACACACACCUUUUUAGCUACAUCCAUAAUCCGGAGAUGACAUGUUUCCACACGAAUGGCUCGAAAAUGGAUGUCUAUCUCGUAUUCUUUGUUCUGUCAGCACCAGGAAAUUUCGUCCAUCGUGAUGCCAUUCGUAGUUCCUAUGGUUCAAGAGACUCAUGGCCAACCGUUGAGGGCGCGCAAGUGGUGACGGUAUUUUUGCUCGCUUCUACAGGCAAUGCGGGACUCCAAGACAAGAUUGACAUUGAGUCGAAUAAAUACGGCGACAUCGUGCAAGAGUCCUUUGUUGAUUCCUACCUGAAUCUGACUAGAAAGACGAUCAUGGGUCUGAAAUGGGUCAAGAGCCACUGCAGACACGCACAGUUUGCCAUGAAGAUCGACGAUGACACUUCAAUCAUCCAACGUCGCAUCCUCUCAAUCCUCCAUGAUGCACCCCACAUCAGGUACACAUUGGGGUUUAUCUUCAAAAAACCAAUCGUCAACCGUGACAAAAAGGAUAAAUUCUACAUGUCCAAGGAAUACUACCCCGAUGACCACUUCCCGUCCUACCCCAACGGCCAUGGGUAUGUCAUGUCAACGGACGUGGUCGAAGCCGUGUUCAACGUCGCUAUCACCAUUCCCUUGUUCCCAUGGGAGGACGUCUUCUUCGGAACGUGCAUUCACAGGCUCGAUAUCGAGCUCAAUCACGACAACAAUUACUUAUACUGGGGUUCUUACAAAGCUCUCAUGACUGGCAACAAGGAUGAUAUCGCAGGAAAGCACGUUAUGGCAACAGAUAUUCCCCCAGAGGACAUGGUGCGUUUCUUCAAGAGAUUCAUGACGAAAGAGUCAUGAAGUUGUGACUUCUUGUAUAAUGGUUUGACUAGAUUGUGAAUGUUGUACCGCUUACACAGCGUUUAAAAGUCUACAAUGCCAAACUCGAUGUAA